AUUAAGUUUUCUAUAUAAGCUGCAAGUAAUAUUAAUUUUCAAUUACUUCUAGAAAAUACUUCCUCUUGUUCAACAAUGUUGUCAUCAGUAAUCUGCGUCUUUUUGUGUAUUGUUUCCAGCGUGGUAAUGGAAAACUGUAAUUAUCGACAAGCGAAUGGAAUAACAUUACCAGGAACAUGCAUAAAAUCGAGUGACUGCAAAACCUUUUCUGAAUCAGCAGUACUAUUUCCUUGUAAUGAUCACAACAAAGAAUUAUUUUGCUGCCCGAAGACUAUUGAAGAAGCUGAAGAAGCAGAAAUCAGUUGCCGAUAUCCAUGGAACAGAUCUACAAUCGAUGGAGUUUGUGUGAAACCUGCUUUAUGUAAUAAUUCCUUGCUCAACAAUGGUUUUGUAUAUAGAUGUCAUGAUCGUCAAUCAGAGAGUCAAGGAUUAAUUUGCUGUCCAAAGCGACAUUCUUGAGAAGAAAAAUAAUGUGUUGAAUAUUAUUUCACCACUUCACACCAGCUGAAAGUCAUCAAAUUUACAUACAUCACAGCAACUUACUUUAAAUUACCAUUUUAAUUUAAAGCUACAUGGAGAGAAUAAUAAUGAAUAAUAUAUAUUAGUUAUUAAUUUUAUUAAUAGAAGUGAAUAAAAGAUCAAGAUCUUUAUAUAAAAUUACUAUUUGCUUUAAAAUAAUAAUAACCAUAUCCAAUGGGUUAUUACUGAAAUAUUUUACUUGAAUAAAAAAGGUUCUUAAUUAACUAA